UCGGGACCCACCAUGAGCGACUCGCUCAACCAGACGGCGCCCAGGAAGAAGCGGCGACUUAUCGAUGAGCUGGCAGCUCAGGCUGACGAGAGCUCCAGCGGAGAGGAGGAGAAGCAAUCUAGUUUGCAGGUCGUACGGCGGACUCCGACGCCUGAGCCACAGGGUCUGUCCAUGUUGCAAAGCCCUACUGCUGUGCCUAGCACCCCAGAGCCAUCCAGAGCCAGAACUUAUGGACGCCCUAGCUCUGCAAAGAAAACUGGCCCCAAAUUCACAUACAGCGCUCGCAGAACCAUUCGCGCGGAGAGUUCAUUGGCCGGGGGCUUGGACCCAGUGGACGAGACAGCAUGGCUGAGAGAGUCGAUACUGCCCAGCAUCCCGUCCCAGUUCGACAUGGACGAGGACGAGGAAGAAGAGACUUUCACAAAGGGUGCAGUUCGAAGUAUUCACGAACUCCGGCAAGCUGGGGCCAACAGCCGGUCUGCAGACGAGAUCGAAGAUCUCCUUACACGCAUUGGGCGUCCCAGCAGCAAACCGUCGUCAGGUCGACGGAACGCCUUGAUCGAGCUCUCGCAGAAGAUGCAGGACAAAGGCUUUGUCCGAAAGUUUCGUGAUCACAAUGGCGACAGGAGCCUGUUCGAGCAGAUUGGGAAGGAGACAGAUGUCAUCACCGGUUACGCACUGGUGGCCAUCCUUACCACCCUUGUGGCGACUACCGCAUCCACCCACAUCGUCAGCCAGCUCGAAGGUCAAGGCUUCUCUUCGCUGUUUCGACGCCUCUUUCAGAUUACACUUGAUAUCCAAGCGCUGGCCAAGGACAGAGCCAGCAACUUGUCAAGGAAUGGUCAGCAGUCGAUGAUGAAGCUAAAAGCAUCACUGCUCAUUCUUCCCGUCUGGGCGCCGACGACGCCAUUCAUGCUGUCACCCAGGAGACUGGCCCUCAAGGCUCUGGAGCUUGUGGUUAAGAACGCAGGAAUGGUCGGGGACGAAUUCUUCUCGACUGAAGUAACGGAUCAACUGUUCUCUUUGCUCAAGACUGCCCCCGUUCCAGACGCGUGGGGUUUUCCCCAUCAGGACGAGUCCAUCGACUUCCACCUGGCGCUUACGCUGCUCGAAGCGUACUCGAUGCAGGCUAUGCAGAGCGAGUCGAGGGAGCGGUGGACAUUCACGCAUAUGCCAGUCAUUGCGGACACCCUCACGACUACUUUGCGUCGGUGCAAUGGUCGUUUUGGCGAGAUUGGUAUGCUGAGCCUCAAGCUUGCACUCAACACGUCAAACAAUAACCACGAUGCUCCUGCGGCGUUCAUCGAAAACGGUUCAGUACGAGUACUGGCCAAUGCGCUUUGUGACACCUUCCUGACUGCGACGAACAAUGUCUACAACGCCGAUGCUUUUACCGUUCACCUCGAGCCACUACUGCUCAUGCUGGGUAUCAUGAUCAACUUCUCUGAAAAUGAUCGCGCUACCAGCAAAACUCUGUUGCACGCCUCAAAUGGAGGCAGCGCUCCCCUAGACCGGCUUAUCAAGCUCUUCCUCGACCACUAUGCGGCCACUUCUGAGGCCGACUCGGUGGAAAAGAGCCAGUUGAAUGUCGCAUUUGGAUAUCUCUCGCUGCUACUAGGAUACAUGUCACUGUACGAACCCGUGCGGCAGCGAUUCAGCUCGAUGCACAAAGGAGGCAACAUCACCCCCUUACUCGACUCGAUCCGCGAGUUCAUCAUCUAUCACCGUGCUGCGGAUAGUUCGAUCGCGCAAGACGGAGGCGAUCAGUCGUCGCAGUACUCGAGUUUCACAACCAAGUUGCAAGGGCUUGUGGAGCGCUUGGAACACCACACCUAAUUCCUGCAGUGCGACUGUGCAUGCAAGGAGGUAGCUGCAUAUUACGUAGAGUGUUGGAUGGUCCUCAGAGAUACCCCUACCACGGACUUCAUCUUUUUUGUUUGUUUGGUUUCCUUUCCUUUUCCCCGCUUUUUUCCUACUUAUUCUACUUUGAUCGUUGGACUUUGACCGACAUGGACAUACCCAUUUGAAGGAUUACGAGGGGCUGUUUCGUCAAGAGACGGGCGAAUUUGAUAGUUUGAUGGAGUACGAUCUUUAUGACAUGUGGAAAAGGGCGAAACGGGGAGUCUCCCCAAUACUGGGGGACGCUCGACACAUAGAAUAUCCCAAUGCAUUGAAUUCCCAACAU